GGCAACACCGGAGAGGCUGUCGUUCAGCAUUUUCCUUUCUAAUAGUAAAACCUUUGCUAGAAUAUCAAUUACAGAAAUUGAAGUGCCUUAUGAUAUAAUAGAUUGUUUACCAACAUCGCUUGAAAAAAAGAAUUAGCAUAGAUAUGAGGAAAACGUGUGAAUACUUAUGUGAGUUGAGCAAAGAGGCUACUGUAUUAUAACUGACAUUACAUCGGUUGAAUAAAAGAACCAUAGACUAAACAAAAUAACGUGUCACAACAUACACUACUUUCGUUACAUCCACACCACACAAUGGACCAAGAUUACACUGAAAAUGACAAUAACAACAAAAAGCCACUGGAUGCGAGGCCAGCGAAAGGAGUGCGCCCGAGGUGGCAACACUGGGUGCUCGAAGAUGUAAACAUGUCUGCGAGGAAGGCAGACGACACGGGGGGCGAAGAGAACCAAAAUGAGUGUGUUCAGACGUGCAGAGUGGUUAUCAUCGGCGCAGGCAUGGCAGGAUUGUCGGCGGCGAAUCACCUGAUGAAAAACAACAUCCAUGAUUUCGUGAUACUCGAAGCUAGGAACAGAGUUGGAGGUCGGAUCAUCGCUAUCACUAUCGAUGGACGGAAAAUGGAACUUGGUGCUAACUGGAUCCAUGGCAUCCUGGGGAAUCCUAUAUAUGAAUUGGCUUCUGCAAAUGGAUUGGUGAAUAUCAUACAGGAUAAUAAACCUCACAAUGUUGUGGCAACACUUCCAGAUGGUCGAAGAGUUCCGUUUCACAUAGUACAGGAAAUCUAUGAUGCCUACUUUUGGUUCUUCAAGCGCUGUGAGGAAUAUUUUUUGUGUAAAUAUAUUCCUCCAGAUGGUAUUGAUAGUGUUGGUGCCCACAUAAGGUUAGAGAUAUCCAUAUACCUUGAGCAGUUUCCUGAGCAUGAGAGACACAUUAGAAACCUUAUCUUCAACUACCUCCUCAACCGUGAAACAUGCAUUAGUGGUUGUAACACCAUGGAAGAAAUAGACCUCAUGGAAAUUGGCAGUUACACUGAACUUCCAGGAGGGAAUGUUGUACUGCCAGGUGGCUACAGUAGCAUCCUGGGACCGCUAACAAAAGAUAUUGAAGAAGAGAAAUUACUCAAAGGUCAUCCUGUUGUAUCAGUGAGAUGGAAACCCCCACUAAAUGGCUUCAAUACAACUGACUCAGGACUUGGGCAAGACCUUACAAACAAGACUGAAGAAAAUUCAGACUAUCUAGUAUCAGAGAGUGGAACAAGUGGUAGACAACCAGCUACAUCUCCAGCAAGGAAGGCUAGGGCAAAGGUGGAGGUGGUUUGCCAAAAUGGGAAAAAGUUUUAUGCAGAUCAUGUAAUUUGCACAAUUCCAUUAGGUGUAUUGAAGGAAAAUGGAAAGACUGUGUUUGAUCCACCACUCCCAGAAUAUAAAAUGGAUUCUAUAAACAGGUUGUGCUUUGGUGUUGUGGACAAAAUCUACUUAGAAUAUGAGCGACCCUUUCUUAACCCUGGACUUACAGAAGUGCUUUGUCUGUGGGAUCCCAUUGAUCCAAAUGAACCCAUCCAGGAAAGGUGGUUCAAGAAGAUUUAUUCCUUCUCAAAGGUCACUGAGACAUUGAUCCUGGCAUGGAUUUCAGGAGACGAAGCUAAAUAUAUGGAAACACUACCAUUUGAUGUGGUUUCAGAAAAAUGUACUGCCAUCCUUCGACAAUUUCUCAAUGAUCCUUUCAUACCAAAGCCAAAGAGGUGUAUCAACACAACUUGGUGGUCACAGCCUUAUACUCGUGGCUCAUAUACAGCAGUAGGUGUAGGGGCCUCUCAAGUUGACAUCACAAAUAUUGCACAUCCAUUGUAUAUGCAGCCAACAUGCAGCAAGCCUGCAGUGCUAUUUGCCGGAGAGCACUGUCACCCAAGCUUCUAUUCAACAGUUCACGGAGCUUAUUUAUCUGGACGAGAAGCUGCACAGACACUAUGUGUACCAGACACUCCACCUGAAGUUGUUCUAGAUGUUGAAGGAACUGCAGAUCUCUCUUCAUGGAUAGAAGGAAUUUCCCUAAAUUAGUUUUGUUUUUCCUCAAGGCAGGCAUUACACUACAUUUUUUUUCUUCUUCCCUUUUUUUCUUCUUCACUUCUGUCUUCCUUUUUUUCUAUUUCUUUCUGUCUCUCUCAUUUCCUAUUGCUUCCAUCUAUCCCUUUUGAUACUUUUUCCAUUGUCAACUAUUUUACAGAUUGAAGUCUGAACAAUGUAUACUUUUAAGUGCAAACUGGUGCUUAUGUCUUAAAAACUUAGGUUGAACAAAUAUGAGAAUUGUGGUUUCAUAAAAGUUUAAAAUGUCAUUAUAUAUCACAUUGUAAGUAUUGUUGCUGGUCAGACAUUGAUUAUCUAAUAAUAAUGUUGAUGAAGUUUUAAUGAUAUCUAACUACAGUUACAUGUGCAGUGUUCUUUAUUAGUAUUAUAUGUAUGAUUUUUUAUAUGGAAUACUCUAUAAUAAUUCCAGAUACUGUAGUCAUUUUAUUAUAAUUAUAUUAAAGAGGUUUUUUUUUUUUUGAAAGUCUUAUAAUUAUUAUUAUAAUCAUUAUUAGCUGUAUCAUUUUGAUAACUUAUCUGUGUUUAUCAGCACUGUUAACAUAGUUAUUAUUUUUGUUUUUGUUUUCAUCAUCAUUAUUUUCAAUAAUUGAUUGUGUUUUUUUUGUUUGCUAUAAGUUACUUUUAUUCAUCAUUAUCAUUAUUAUUAUU